GCCAACUCCUGGGGCGGCGCAGGGAUCCGAGGGCGAGGGAGGGGGCUCGGUGGCGGAGAGGAGCCCGGCUGCGGGGGGAGCGAGCAUGAGCUGAGCGCGGCGGCGGCGGCGGCAGCCCUGCGCUCAUUGCAAUUGACAGCGUCUGCAGUUCAUUUCAAGAUGGCCGCUUGGCUCACAUUCAUUUUCUGCUGAGCGACUUUUAACUUUCAUUGUCUUUCGGGGCGGUUCGGAUCGUCGCCCGCCGGCUCCUUCUCGCGGAGCUGCAAAAAUGCAUCGCACCACCCGCAUCAAAAUCACCGAGCUGAACCCCCACCUCAUGUGCGUGCUCUGCGGAGGGUACUUCAUCGAUGCCACCACCAUCAUCGAGUGUCUGCACUCCUUUUGUAAGACGUGCAUCGUGCGCUACUUGGAGACCAGCAAGUAUUGCCCUAUUUGCGAUGUCCAAGUUCACAAAACCAGACCCCUUUUAAAUAUAAGAUCUGAUAAAACUCUCCAAGACAUUGUCUACAAGUUAGUGCCAGGCCUUUUCAAAAAUGAAAUGAAAAGAAGAAGAGACUUUUACGCGGCUCAUCCGUCUGCUGAUGCUGCCAAUGGCUCUAAUGAAGACAGGGGCGAAGUUGCAGAUGAAGACAAAAGGAUUAUAACAGAUGAUGAGAUAAUAAGCUUAUCCAUAGAGUUCUUCGACCAAAAUAGACUGGAACGGAAAGGAAAUAAAGAGAAAGAGAAACCCAAAGAGGAGGUGAAUGACAAAAGAUAUUUGCGCUGCCCUGCAGCUAUGACUGUAAUGCAUCUGAGAAAGUUUCUCAGGAGCAAAAUGGACAUACCCAAUACUUUUCAGAUCGACGUCAUGUAUGAAGAGGAGCCCUUGAAGGACUACUACACGCUCAUGGAUAUUGCCUAUAUUUACACUUGGAGAAGGAACGGCCCCCUCCCUUUGAAGUACCGGGUGCGACCAACUUGCAAGAGGAUGAAGAUCGGCUGCCACCCGCAGGAUGGGCUGAACCACAGCGGCGAGCUGGAAAGUGACUCUGGGAGCGAGAAGGCGAGCAGCCCCGCGGGAGGCGGCCCGCCCUCCACCUCCUCCUGUUUGCUCAGCCCCGGCACCCCGGUGCAGUCCCCGCACCCCCAGUUCCCGCACAUCUCUAGUACUAUGAACGGAACCAGCGGCGGCGGCAGCAACCACCACCCCUCCUUCAGCAACAGAGCCCGGAAAGCCUCGGUCAACGGCUCUUCGGCCACGUCUUCGGGCUGAUGCGCCGAGCGCCUCUGGGACUCCAAAAUCUCCACCGUCUCUUUUAGACCUGCUCUGUCCUGUCCCGUCUCCUUCUCUCCGUGCCACUCAGCUUUAUAGAUGCUAUCCCCUCGUGUGACUCUCCGCCGAAUUGCUUUAAGAAGUGAGAGGGACGAUCAGCGGAACCUCCCACACGAACCUUAGAUAUGGGAACUUUUGGAUAUUAAAACGAACCUCGGGCUGUUGUGAAAACAGGGGGAUUUGAGCUAUGAGCGUCUCCUAUGGACCGUGGAUUUAGAAGGAGGAGAGGUGUUUCUUAAGGACUAGCAACGCUAUAAACCCGGAUAAACUAUAGAGGAAGAGGAAUGCUUUUUGGUUUUUGCCACACCCUUCGUGGUUUGGACGGGAUUCUCUGGAAAAUGGAUGCAUAUCAAUAAUGGGAUCUAGUUUUUUGCUAAUCCAGACUAACUUCUACGUUUAAGAUCUCCGUUGUUAAUCGUUAUUUCACUGUUUUGUAAAACUGCGGAAAGCAAGUGGAUUUCCCCGCCACCCCACAUCUUCAUAUUCUUCAACGAAACCGGAUUGGAGAGAAAAACGCAUAGAAGAACUAUGCAUCUAUGUAGCCAUGUCACUGUGAACAACAAUUUCCUGCUUUAUUAGCCAGUUUUAUUUUCUUUGAUUUUUUAAAAAAUAUGUUUCACCCAUAACUUGCCUACUGCAGCACAGAAAGGAUUUAAGAAGGAGGGGAAGGAGGGGGGGGCGAGAAAAGAAAAACCACAGAACAAGAAAAAAAUAUACUAUUUCACUUUUUACAACCUGUAUGCCUGAAGGCGGGUAUUGCCGUUUAUUUUACUGGCUUGUUUAAAGAAGGAAAAACAAACGAGGGGGGGUGGGAAUCACAUUUUUUUGGAGGGUAAGAAUUAGGUGGCAUUUUGCAUUUGUGCAACAUUGCCACGUUCUUAUUUGACAAAACAGGAAGCAGUAUUGUAUGAUAUAUUUAUAAAUAUUAUAAAGAGAAUAUUGUGUUUCUCGCCCUCUCGACGCGGUGGUUCCGUUUCCCUGGCUAGCUCGGCCCUUGGUGACGCCUCUUCUUAGCUCCUUGCUGACGAAGCAGACGCCAGCUUUCCCCCCUAGUGACGCCUGAAGGCUGCGGGGUCGCAGGGAGCAAGCUGAAGCCGCGGUUCACCCGGAAGCAAUUGGCCAUCUCGAAAGGGUUUUACGGGCUUUGUCUUGGUUCCAAGUAGUAUUUCCUUUCAUUUCUUACUUUCUACAGAAUGUGAUUCAUUGUUCCAACGGUGCAGUGGGAAAGGAUUCAGGAGAGCGGGAGGCGACGCCCAGGAACAGGAGGGCGCAUUAAAUAUUUCAUUAAAUUUUAUUAUUUGGUGUGAUGGGUUUGUGUUUCCACCCUUAAAAUAUAAAAAAAGCACAGGAAAUCACACAAGAAGCCAUAAAAUAUGCGGGAAUCUAUUUGAUUAAGUUGUUCUUUCUUAAGAAAUCAGCAAGUUGCUGGAUGAAGGCUUUUAGUCUAAAUUUGUUUUAAUAUAUAUAUAUCUGUAUGUAUGUAUGUAUAUGGUACAGUACUAAUUUGGUUAAAAAUGAACAGGUACUCUGAUAUUUCCAAUAAGCUGCGGGGAAUCCCUUCUUCAAGGCGGGCCUCUGAAGGCGUUGCGUUUGGGAAAAGAAGGACUGUUUUAAAAUUUAAGCGUUGUGAAGAGCCCCCAAAUACUUUUCAGUUUGUGCUUUGCUUUUGGUCAAACGUUGUGUGUGUGUGUGUGUGUGUGUGUGUGUGUGUGUGUGUGUGUGUGUGUUCUUCACUCACCAGUUACGCAUUCGUGAGGGUGGUUAUCCUAUAUGACUAUUGUUUUCAUGUUUGUACGGGGAAAUUGUAGCUAAACAUUUCAUUGUCUCCAGUCUGCGAAAGAAGCACAAAUUCUAUUGCUUUGUCUUGCUUACGGUCAUUAAAUCAUUACUUUUGCAUAUA